AUGCCAGUGAGCCUCUCCACUGCCCUGCGUGUGGUCGGGACCAGCCUCUUUGCCCUGGCAGUGCUGGGGGGCAUCCUCGCUGCCUACGUCACCGGGUACCAGUUCAUCCACACAGAGAAGCACUACCUCUCCUUCGGCCUCUACGGGGCCAUCCUGGGGCUUCACCUCUUCAUCCAGAGCCUCUUUGCCUUCUUGGAGCAUCGGCGCAUGAGGGGCGAGGGGCAGCCAGUGCAACCGGGGCGUUCCGUGGCCCUCUGCAUCGCUGCCUACCAGGAGGAUCCUGACUACCUGAAGAAGUGCCUCCUCUCUGUCAAGCGAAUUGCUUUCCCUGACCUCAAAGUGGUGAUGGUGGUGGACGGCAAUGGCCCUGACGACACCUACAUGCUGGACAUCUUCCACGAUGUGAUGGGCUCAGAGCGCUCUGGCAGCUACAUCUGGAGGAGCAACUUCCAUGCAUGGGGUGAAGGGGAGACAGAGGCUGGGCUGCGGGAAGGGCUGGCCUCUGUCCAGGAUCUGGUUCGUGGCACCACCUACUCCUGCAUCCUCCAGAAGUGGGGCGGGAAGCGUGAAGUGAUGUACACGGCGUUCCGGGCACUUGGAGACUCUGUGGACUACAUCCAGGUGUGUGACUCAGACACGGUGCUGGACCCUGCCUGCACCACCGAGAUGCUCCGAAUCCUGGAGGCCGACCCCCGCGUUGGUGGUGUUGGUGGAGAUGUCCAGAUCCUGAACAAGUAUGACUCGUGGAUCUCCUUCCUGAGCAGCGUGCGUUACUGGAUGGCCUUCAAUGUGGAGCGUGCCUGCCAGUCCUACUUUGGCUGUGUGCAGUGCAUCAGUGGACCCCUGGGCAUGUACCGCAAUGCCCUGCUGCAGCAGUUCCUCGAGGACUGGUACCACCAGACCUUCCUGGGCAGCAAGUGCAGCUUUGGGGAUGACCGGCACCUCACCAACCGUGUGCUGAGCCUGGGCUACCAAACCAAGUACACAGCUCGCUCCAAGUGCCUGACAGAGACACCCACCCGCUACCUGCGCUGGCUCAACCAGCAGACCCGUUGGAGCAAGUCCUACUUCCGUGAGUGGCUCUACAAUGCCCUGUGGUUCCACAAGCAUCACCUCUGGAUGACCUACGAGUCGGUGGUCACCGGCUUCUUCCCCUUCUUCCUCAUUGCCACCGUCAUCCAGCUCUUCUACCGUGGCCGCAUCUGGAACAUCCUCCUCUUCCUCCUGACAGUGCAACUGGUUGGCAUCAUCAAAGCCACCUACGCUUGCUUCCUGCGAGGCAACGCUGAGAUGAUCUUCAUGUCCCUCUAUGCCCUUCUCUAUAUGUCCAGCCUCCUCCCUGCCAAGAUCUUUGCCAUUGCCACCAUCAACAAGUCAGGCUGGGGCACCUCAGGGCGCCGGACCAUCGUGGUGAACUUUGUGGGGCUGCUGCCAGUGUCGGUGUGGGUGGCAGUGCUGCUGGGUGGGCUGGCCUACACUGCUUACAGCCAGGACCUCUUCAGUGAGACCGAGGUGGCCUUCCUUGUCUCAGGGGCCAUCCUCUAUGCCUGCUACUGGGUGGCCCUGCUCACUCUCUACCUGGCCAUUGUCGCUCGGCGCUGUGGCAAGCGGCAAGAGCAAUGCGGGUUGGCCUUUGCUGAGGUGUAA